AUGGAUCAUUCGAGUGAUGCACGAGUGCGCGACUUUGAAGAAGACCUGGACGAUGAAAUCCAUCUCGAUAAUGCAUCCAUCAACAAUGACACCGUCCUCUCGCUUCCGGCCGCACACAAGCACUUGUCCUCUGCACCACCGAGGCGGAGUCGAGAUCGUAAGGGCUGCUACUCGGAGCGAUUUCCCGAUCGACGCGUCAUCUUCCUACUCACGGUGAUGCAGCUGAUGGGAUUCACCUUCCUCUUCCUGGCGGGCCUCGUCGAGAGCGUAGCCAUCACCCUCGUGUGGGGCUUCCUGUCUCUCGGACUCUACCUCUUCAUCAGAUGGGCCAAUCAUCGCGGCUACAACGACACCUUGAGCGCCGCGGUGGCCCGCGGUCUGCUCAUGGGCGCACUGGCCCUGGCCAUCCUCUUCUACUACGAGGGCACCCACGGAACGGUACACGAGAUGCGCGAGCGCGAGCCCAAUCUCAAGCUCUACGACGACGAACUGCUCAGCAUGGACCGGUUCAUGCUCGGCUGGCUCUUCCCCGACGGACAGCUAUCGCUGUGGGCCGACGAAAAUCGCUUCAUCGGCCCAGAGAGCCUCAUCGGACCCCUCCUCACCGAGAUCCUUCAAAUCUACUACGCCAGCGUGCUGAUCGUGUACGUGGGCCUGUGGGAGUACUUCAUCUGCGGCUUCACCGGUGCCCGCACCGACUCCCUUGAGGCAGACGUCGAGGCGCACAACCCGCACAAGUAUACGGAGAUGCAGGAGAUGGGCUCUGCUGAGGACGGUGAUGAAAAGGAUUCCCCUUCAUUCGAUGGGGCUACGACGGGGGCCAAAGGACUCGCCAAGACCUACCGCUAUCGGUUCUGGAAGUGGACCUUCUGGUUCACCCACGACGCGGCCGUCUGGCGGCGGCUCUUGAUGAUUAUCCUCGCCAUUCUCGGCGCGUUUCUGUUGAACUACCUCGUCAGCUUCAUGUUCCCGGCCGUGAGCCCGCGCGUUUCACUCAAGCACAGAUUCAAGAACCCGCUGUCUGGGUACUGGUUCAGCGACAUCAUCCGCGACACGCUGUCGAAGACCGACGAGGGCACCUAUGGCUCGUUCCCCUCGGGACACGUCGCCCUCACCUGGGUUCCCUCCAUCGUUGCCCUCAAGCUCGGCUAUCCCAAAUACGGUUGGAGCUGUCUGGUGGCUGCCGUGCUGAUCACCUUCUCGACCCUGUACCUGCGCUACCACUACUUCACCGACGUGGUGUUCGCCAUCCCGCUCAUCGUCUUCGGCCUCUACUUUGGCGGCAUCUACACCAUGACGCCCUACAAGCGCGCCGCGCGCCGCGCCUGGCACUGGCUGCGACCCCGCCUGCCCUGCGCGUUCGUGCAGGAGUGGGGCCGCUAUCACGACGACGACCUCGUCUUUGCUGGCGACAAGUACGAUGAUGACGAUUACGACGAUGAAGUCGACGACGUUCACGACUUUGACGCCAACCAAGCGGAGGAGACGCGGCGAUGA